AUGAGAGACGGACAAGGAGAGAGCCCUGGCAGAGACCCUCCUCCCUCCUGGUACCACCAGGGCCUACAGGGACAAGGAGAGAGCCCUGGCAGAGACCCUCCUCCCUCCUGGUACCACCAGGGCCUACAGGGACAAGGUGAGAGCCCUGGCAGAGACCCUCCUCCCUCCUGGUACCACCAGGGCCUACAGGGACAAGGUGAGAGCCCUGGCAGAGACCCUCCUCCCUCCUGGUACCACCAGGGCCUACAGCCCUGGCAGAGACCCUCCUCCCUCCUGGUACCACCAGGGCCUACAGCCCUGGCAGAGACCCUCCUCCCUCCUGGUACCACCAGGGCCUACAGGGACAAGGAGAGACCCUCCUCCCUCCUGGUACCACCAGGGCCUACAGCCCUGGCAGAGACCCUCCUCCCUCCUGGUACCACCAGGGCCUACAGCCCUGGCAGAGACCCUCCUCCCUCCUGGUACCACCAGGGCCUACAGCCCUGGCAGAGACCCUCCUCCCUCCUGGUACCACCAGGGCCUACAGGGACAAGGAGAGAGCCCUGGCAGAGACCCUCCUCCCUCCUGGUACCACCAAGGCCUACAGGGACAAGGAGAGAGCCCUGGCAGAGACCCUCCUCCCUCCUGGUACCACCAGGGCCUACAGGGACAAGGAGAGAGCCCUGGCAGAGACCCUCCUCCCUCCUGGUACCACCAGGGCCUACAGGACAAGGUGAGAGCCCUGGCAGAGACCCUCCUCCCUCCUGGUACCACCAGGGCCUACAGCCCUGGCAGAGACCCUCCUCCCUCCUGGUACCACCAGGGCCUACAGGACAAGGAGAGAGCCCUGGCAGAGACCCUCCUCCCUCCUGGUACCACCAGGGCCUACAGGACAAGGAGAGAGCCCUGGCAGAGACCCUCCUCCCUCCUGGUACCACCAGGGCCUACAGCCCUGGCAGAGACCCUCCUCCCUCCUGGUACCACCAGGGCCUACAGGACAAGGUGAGAGCCCUGGCAGAGGCCCUCCUCCCUCCUGGUACCACCAGGGCCUACAGGGACAAGGUGAGAGCCCUGGCAGAGACCCUCCUCCCUCCUGGUACCACCAGGGCCUACAGGGACAAGGAGAGAGCCCUGGCAGAGACCCUCCUCCCUCCUGGUACCACCAGGGCCUACAGGGACAGGAGAGAGCCCCUGGCAGAGACCCUCCUCCCUCCUGGUACCACCAAGGCCUACAGGGACAAGGAGAGAGCCCUGGCAGAGACCCUCCUCUCCUCCUGGUACCACCAGGGCCUACAGGGACAAGGAGAGAGCCCUGGCAGAGACCCUCCCUCCCUCCUGGUACCACCAGGGCCUACAGGACAAGGGCCUACAGCCCUGGCAGAGACCUCCUCCCUCCUGGUACCACCAGGGCCUACAGGACAAGGAGAGAGCCCUGGCAGAGACCCUCCUCCCUCCUGGUACCACCAGGGCCUACAGCCCUGGCAGAGACCCUCCUCCCUCCUGGUACCACCAGGGCCUACAGGACAAGGAGAGAGCCCUGGCAGAGACCCUCCUCCCUCCUGGUACCACCAGGGCCUACAGGACAAGGAGAGAGCCCUGGCAGAGACCCUCCUCCCUCCUGGUACCACCAGGGCCUACAGGGACAAGGAGAGAGCCCUGGCAGAGGCUCGUCAUUGUUGGUAA